GACUGAUACAUUAGGCAGCAGUAGAUACAGAGGGGUAGUUGCAAGAUCUUCAACUGUGUCAUAGAGUAACUGUGCUUUUUAGUGUUCUUUCCUGCUUUGCUGUCCCUUGGUGCUGGAUUCCUUCAGAUACAAAUGAUUCUAAAAUUGGGAACAUGGAAACACAUUGUGAGACAUUUCUAUUUUAGAUUGAAGUUGAUAUCUUUAUUGCCAGCAACAAGUCUCCAGUUGUGAAAGCUCCUGCUGGCGGGGUGAGGACUUUGCAAAGGACACAGAAGAUCUCUACACUACCACAACUUCAAAAGUCUGAGAAUCAUCCCCUCCUUUCUUAUUAGUAUCACAGUUCUGAGAAACCAAAUUCAUCAUACUUGAAGACGUUCAUUGAAUUGCCAGGAAAGUGGAAAUAAGAAUCUUGGCCAGAAUGACUGAAAUCACAACUGAAGGUUACCCAGCAACCACCACCACAUUCGAUAAUAAAAAUGGAGUUGUCCCAACACCUUUGGCAAAGGUAUCAAAGAAAUCUGUCUCUGAAGAUCUUGCUACAACUUUCAGUUCUCCGGCAGCAUGGUUCCUGGUUGUGGCUUUGAUUGUAACCUGGUCAGCAGUGGCGAUUGUGAUGUUUGACUUGAUGGACUAUAAGAGCCUUGUUGGAGGUUUUAAAGCUUUAAGCUCAGACCCUAUGAAAGUCAUAGAUGAGGCUGUGGAAGAUACCUCAGAUUGGAUCUAUGGCUUUAUAUCUGUACUAUGUGAUAUAUUAACAACAACAGAUGACGAUAUGGAUGAAGCUGAAAUUGAACCUCACACAAAAAAGAAAGGAGUUCUUCACCCCCCAGCUAAACAAAAAGAUGAACCUCAUCCUCCAUCUAAAAGAAAAGCUGCACCACCAGCUAAAAAAGUUAAAGUACCCAAAGCUGAGGAAAAAGUGAAGAAGCUCAAAACCAUUAAAUUGGAGAAAAGGGUACAGAAAUUAAAAAAAGUGGAAAAGAUAUCUAAGACAGAGGAAAAAACAAAGACAAAGCUCCAAGUGAAAGAGAAGGCCAUGAAACAUGAAAAACCUAAGGCUGAAACAGGUAAAAAGAGAGAGAAGAAGGAGCCUGCAGAACUGAAGAGUGAGGAAGUAGGCAAAAGGAAGGAACAAGUGAAAGUUACCAAAGAAGGCAAGCCAAAAUCAAAGGAUAAAGAUCAAUAUCAGUUCUGUCGCUAUGUGAUUGACAUGUACACUCUUGGGGAUAUUUAUCCAGGACAUCCAUCAGCUCUUGCAGUCACCCCAGCUCCAGAACUAGUCAAACCUCCAGAAAAGAAACUUCCAGCCAAGAAACCUACUGGACCAGUUGUUCGAGAAAAGAAAGAUGCUGUCACUGCAACCAAAGCCAAAGCGAUUAAAAAAGCAGAAGUCAUUUUAAAGGACAAAGUAGUUGUGCCAGUAAAACCAGAACCAGCCAAAGAGAUGUCACCUCCCCCAUCGCCAAAGAAAGCAGAACCAGUGGAAGUACUGACAACAAAACACAAAACAUCCAAAGUUGUAUCAGUCAAACCUGCAGCAGCAGUGAAAUCAGAGAAAGAGAAAGUAAAGAUACGAAAACCUGCUGCUGCUGAAAAAGAAAAAGAAAAGAAACAAAAACCGGCUGUUGCUGGAAAAGCUAAACUUGCGAGGGUUAAAACUCUUGCUAAACCUGCAAAAGAGAAAGCACCAGCCAAGACUACAAAAGAGAAAGAACCAGCCAAACAAGAAAAAAUUGAAAAAGCAAGUACGUGUCAUAUGAAACCUUUGCUUGGCUCUCUUUCUUGA